AUAUUUUUUUUACCCUUUUGUGAAACCUAUUGAGAAAUUAAUAGUUCGUUAUGAAGACCGAUGUCAAUAUUUAAGAUAUCCAUAAUAUUCGACAAUUUUUUUUUAAAUACUAAGGCAAUAAUUUUUAUGAUGAAAAAUUUCUUUAUAUCACGAUUAGGAAAAGAAUUUAAAGUCAUCAAUGAUUUGGAUAACAUGAAAUAUUUUCAAAUAUGAAAAAAAAAACACUUACCACCUUUACAAAUUUGUAUUUUGCAUGGGGCGCAUCCACCAUUAGGUUAUUUAUGUCCACCAUUUAGAAUGAUUUGAGAAAGAAAAUUAUCAAGAUUGGGGAUAUUUUUAAGAUCGAAGAUUCGGGGAAUAUUCUGCAUUCAAGCUUAUCCUGAAAUGACUAUAUCAUAUGUAUUUUAUCUCUAAAUAAAGAAUUCAUCAGUCUGGGAUGAGGAAGUUUAUUUAUUUAUAGUAAUUUAUCGUGAAGAUAUUGUAUUUGCCCAAUGUUUCAAGAUGAGAAAUCAAAAAGCAUUCCAGGAGGUCUUCUCCCUAUUGUCUAAUAAAAGAUAAGUGUAUCCUAGCUAUGUUUAGUCGAUAUCGAUCAUACAAUACUUAUAUCAAACGCGCAAACCAACCAAAUAGAAUGUCCAUUUUGUGUUUGGGACCAAAAUCUUCUGGAAAAACUCAUCUGCUUAAAAAACUUCAGACUGAAAGCAAUGUGGACAAUACAUCAACCUCUGUUCCAACGAUCGGUACAAAUAUGUACACCAUUAAACAUAAUGAUUACAUUAUGCAAGUGAGAGAAGUCGGAGGAUCUAUGGCUCCUUUAUGGCAUAAAUAUUUUGGUGGAAUUUCCAUAAUUAUUUAUGUUAUAGAUGCAUCCAAUUUAUGCCAGAUAUCUGCAGCAGGAGUACUUUUUUAUUCAUUACUUACUGAUCCUGCUCUUCUACGUUGCAAGAUCCUUCUGAUUCUAUCCAAGUCAGAUGCAAGCUAUCGUCAAAUGAGAAACGAGGCCCUCUUGAUGCUUCAAAUGAAGCGGUUGCAGAAGGAGAUAAGACAAAAAGUAACAAUUAUGGUUGCCAGUGCCAUAACAGGGGAAGGAAGAGAAGAAAUUUUAAACUGGAUGAAGAAACAGUCCAUUACACACUUUCACUGAAGAUUACUCAAGCGUUGGAUUACUUUCAUUCAAACAAUACCAGACUUUUUUGUCCCUUUUCAUCCAAAAUCAAUAACUAUUUCAUGGUCUAUUGGUUUUUCAUUGCUAUAAAAUACAUCUCACAAUUUUAAUGGUGCAUAAGUUUCAAGAGUAAUCUUCAGGAAUUAGCAGUAAAAUGUCUCAAAUUACCUUAGUUUGUCUUUGUUUGUGUAUAUUUGUUAGCUUAGCAACAUGUCAUCCUCUACCCCAGGAUUUAGAAGAGGCGGCGACAAGUGAUGAUCAUCAUGGUAGAGUUCAAAUGAAAAUAUUCAGAGGUCCUACAGAACACGAUGGCCACCAUCAUUUUGCUCCUUGGGGUUACUGGGUCAAACAACCUGCUGAUCAUCAUCACUGAAAUAAUUAUUAAGCCAAAGACAAAUUAUGUAUAAGUGAUUAAUUACUGUUUUUAUGUUACAAUAAAACAUUUAAU